AUGACUACCCUGGUCGCGUUUCCUCUCGCAUCUUCUUUUCUCAUCGCUCUUCUGCUUGCCUGGGCAGUCCCCGUCCGUGGAAACUCUGAGACGAAUACCAAACGAACGCCUGGUUUCAACGAAGCCUCCCCGCUGGACAGGCCACUCUUCGCGAUCCAGAUUGGUAGCAUUGCUGCGGCCUAUGUGAUCUUUGUUGCGAUCCUCCUAGCUCUUCUUCUCGUGGUCGGCCGACGACUGCGCCGGACAGUUCAUUCUUCGAAUUACUCGCUGCAGAUGGAAAUGAUGAAGCCGGCCAAAUUCGUCAGCAUAGAUCCCAGUCCCGUGUCUCCUAUGUCGCAGGAUCUUCACAGCCCAAGCAAAUCAAGCGGGUUCACCAAUUCGUGGGGUAGCCUGGCUAAAGGAGGAGGACCUUCUCAGCCAUCGAUUAACGGCAGUAUGACAACUGUCGACGAGGCCGUGGUGGCCUCGGACCGACAACGGGCCCAAGACCAGAUGGAGAUGCUCUAUGCUGCAGUUAUGGAGCAUGAUGCCCAAAAGUCCACCGGGUUCAAUGUCGCGGCGAAGGAGCAGGACUAUCAGGCCCAGUCCCGGGAUAGCCAGUACACUAACCCAUUCACCGAUCGCGCCUCCCGUGUGUCCGAGGGCUCGACCAUGGGCCCGCUGAAAUCGCCUAAGAUGUUCCAUAGCUCCCGCCUGUCCAAGCUAUUCAGCUCGAAUACCCGCUCCUCACCGGACCAGGGCAAACUGCGCUCCCCACGGUUGCCGGUUCGCAAGCUACCGAUUUCUUCUCCUCUUGCCUCUCCGGAUAUGGCUACUCCUCAUUCCUAUGGACACGAUCAGCCGCCCAUGUCCCCGCGCAUCUAUCAUCCGGGUCCUCCUCCGGCGACUCCCAACACCAGAGUACCGGUAGCUCCGCAAACCAUGCAGCCUCCUGGACGCGCACGCCCUCCGGCCCCCCUGAAUCUAGCCCCCCCGACACAGCCAACCUCGAAUCUACCAUUCCGUGAGGCAUAUCCGCUGCAGAGCGCUCCAGCAACGAAGACAACUAUUUUGGAACGCCCCGAGAAACAACGCAAUGGGCCUAUCACGGGCAUGCCCACGCCGUAUAGUGCUUACAUGCCGUUUACCCCGGUAACACCAUUCACGCCGGGCCGGAUGGUGAACAAGCGUCAGCGGAAGCGCGAGGAGCGCGAGAAAGGUCUCCGCGUAUUAAACGAAGAUGAUAUGGUCAAAGAUGAGUCCGAGAUCUGGGGAUGA